AAAAUGGCGGAGAGCCAGCCUUCAACUUUUGACGACGCUCUUUUCGAUGCAGUUGUGCAAAAGAACUUACCCAUAGCUGCCCGAAUGAUCGGCAUGAGCGCGGAUGUGAAUGUUGUCGCAAAACGUGAGGGAACGUAUGGUACUGGAUUGUAUGGUUUUCCAUCUGCUCUUCAAGUAGCGUGUGGUGUGGGAUCAACCGAGUUGGUUGAGCUACUUGUUAGAAAACUAGCCAAUGUGAAGUAUCAAGAGAAGGGAAAGUAUGGAUAUACAGCUCUACACUAUGCAAGUGCUGGUGGUCAUGUGUCUAUUUUGAAGAGAUUGAUGUCAGCUGGUUGCAACCAACAAGUCAAAAGCCAUGUGAGUGUAUUUGUAUGUGACAGUAUUUGUGAUUUGAUUUUGCCAAUUGAGAAAUGA